UUAAUAAAAAUGUAUUUAAACAUAGUUAUGAAAUAGAAUAUGAACAUUAUAAUGUAUUCUAGUCCACUCUCUUCGGUUUCUUUGUUUCUUUUAGAUAUGAAUGAAAAAAUGCAUUUUACUGCUAUGAAGUUAUGAAGUUACUUAUUCUAGGAAUUUUGUCAUGCUGGUUGAAUUGUUUGGGGAUAUAUUAAAAGCGGUUACAUGGACGUUCAAAAUAUCUAAUAAGUUCUACAAAGUUCUGCAAAAAAUACAGAGGAACUAAUAUCAGUAUUAUAUGAUGUGUUCUAAUUAUUUUGAGAAGAUUACAUUUCAAGCUCGGCAACUUGACGAUGGUAUUGAAAAAUUAACUGAGACAUGGAGACGGCCACAAGUUAUAAUCGGACGCUUUGCAGAAUGUACCGAAGAAACAAAUUCUCACAUUGAAGCAGUAUGGAAUAUUAUAAAAAAUACACAGGGGGGAAUACAGAAAAUUUUAUCAGAAAGGAAAGAAUUCGAAUCACUGAAUUCAGUAUCUAUGGAACAGUUUCUCAAAGAAACAAAACAGACAUAUGAAUUAUUAAAAGAACAGAGUGAUAGCUUGGAGACUGUCUUAGCAGAAUAUGGUUAUCAUUAUGAAAAUGACUCUUCAAAAAAAAUAAGUAUGAAUAAUAGCAGCAUGUCUAAUGAGUACAUAUCAAAUGACAUGAAACAUUUACAAGUUGAAGUUACUCCCAAUAUUGAUUCGCAUUACAAAGCAAAACGAGAGUAUUUAACAACACUGUCAUCAAAUGGCAGUUAUAUAUCACAAUCACUGGCAACACCUGUAGAUAAUAAUUUAACAUUAUUCUCAGCAAGUACUCCUAUGACUAAUAAGGAUUAUACGUGUACUUCAUUUAGAGAACGCCCAGAAGAACCAAUUUAUUCUACACACUUUUACAACAUACUCAAGAAAUGAAUUUAAGAGUGGUGUGUUCUUUACAUUACACUCUGUACAAUCUAUAAAUAAUUCUAUAUAUUUUUUAUAAACAUUUUUAUAAAUUCAUUUGUUAAAUAUUUUUACUUAAUAUACUAAUAUACCAUAAUAUAACCAUAAUAUACUGAUAUACCAUAUUUUAAUAUAACCGUAAAUUAAGAUUCAUCAAAAAUGUGUAAUAACUUUAUAAACUUAAAAGAUGUAACAAAAUUUAAAAAUAGAAAGAGAAUUAGCUAUAACUAGAACAAGAUAUGUAAUUAGAAUUCCAUUGCAAAUUAUAGGAUAAGAAUAUGUGCAUACAAGUCUGUUCUCACAUAUUCAAAGCGUGAUUAAACUGUACAUAAAUUAAUUUAGAAAAUUCUAACUCUAGUGUUUCUGGUAAUAUUUUUUAGAUGUACUGAUAAUAUAUUUAUUUAUUACAAAUGGUUUAGUAUAUAACAGUAUAUGUUGUAUCACAUUGCGAGUUCUACAGUAUAUGAUCAUAUAUUAUGCAAAUUAGUAGUAAAAUUUUGAUAUGAACAAUAUAAUGUACAACAUAUUAUAUAUUAAAUUCUUGUACGUACGUAACAAUUGAUACAAAAAAAGCAACUGUACCAUUUAUUCUAAUAGAAUUUUUGUUAAAAAAAGUUACAUAUUCGUUUUUCUAACUUUACUUUAAAUAUCACACUAUUAUAAAACCACUUCACAGACUUCAAUGAAAUGCUCAAAUACAAAACAGAUUAAAAA